UAACAGGGGUAUGAGGGCUCGAAAAGAAAAUGUUUGUUGGUUGAUCACAUGAUGACAAGAAAAUUGAAAGCAAUUUUUCUUCAAGAAAAAGAAAGCAAGAAUGAGGUGACAGUUGAAAGUUAAGUUCAUUGAUCACUGAUCGGGCUGUUUUGAGGUUGAAGUAGAAAAAAUGAUGUCAAUAAAUUCCCCAAUUCCGGCAGAUUUAAUGGCACCAGAUUAUAAUGGAAGCAUUUUGCCUGCUUCUGGAGAGUCUUCAAUCACAUCAUCAAUAGAUUCAAAUGAUAGCUUUGUCUCAGAUGAUGAGCCAUUAAAUGAAAGGACCCCAUUGGUCCGUGCUCAUAGCACUAUCAGUGAAGGAGGAGAGAGAAGAGGAACUAUUUUUUCAUCUGUAUUUACUCUUGUUUCAACUAUGAUUGGCGGUGGACUCUUAUCACUGCCAUUUGCAUUUGAACAAGGAGGAUUUAUAGUGUCAUCUUUUGUUUUGAUUUUUGUACUAAUCGCAUCAACACAUGGUGGAUUUUUGGUUAUAAAUAGCAAGAAAUAUUGUCAUGGAAAAAUAAGAAAUAUUGAAGAUGUAGCCAGAGUUGCAUUUGGAGCUAAGGGGCAGAUGUUGGUCCAAUUAACUUUGUUUUUCAUUUUGUAUUUGGUGUCUGCUGUCUAUUUCAUUCUCAUUUCUGACCAAAUAGAGCCAUUGAUUCAAUACAUUGCUGGAAAAAGAGGGUUUUGGACGGAAAGAAUAGUUGUCCUGUCAAUGAUUUUGGUAUUUGUAUUUCCAAUUUCAUUGUUGAAAAACCUGUCAGCACUGCAGUACACUUCUGGUAUGAGUGUGUUCUGUGGUCUGCUUCUGACUGGCUGCAUUGUUUACCGCUCAGUCAAAAAUGACCUUGGGGGCCGUAUACAAAGACAUGACAACCCUGUCAAAUGGCACCCAACUAGUCUUAGACAGUUCCUGACUUGCGUUUCAAUCUCAGAACUCACCUUUUCCUGUCAUUUCAACAUUUUGCCAAUGCACACUGAACUCAGGAACCAAACCAGGAAGAACAAAAGGAUAAUUCUUUUCCUUGCUAUGGGAAUAACUUAUGUGAUGAAUUUUACUGUGAGCUUCUUUGGCUACUUCCAGUUUCGGCAAUACACAGACCAAGACAUAACAAAGAAUUACGCGCAUGACGACAUAGUGAUUACCGCUGGUCGAGCUGCCCUUUCAUUUGUGCUCCUCCUCAGUUUUCCACUGCUGAUAGUCCCUUGCAGGCAGACGUUGAAUAAGAUGCUUUGGAGUCAUGAACGAACCCGCCGUUGGGAGCUGUUUGGUGCGUCGUGGUUUGUCAAGGCAGUGUCAAAUGAAAAAAUGAACGGGCCUACCCGCACUGUAUGGUUUUUUGAAACAUUCAUUCUCGUCUUCACUGCAUACGGACUAGCUUAUGUUGUUCCACAGGUGAACAUGUUGUGGGGCAUAGUUGGUUCCAUUGGCUGCACCCUAAUUAUUUACGUACUUCCGCCAGCUUUCUACUUGAAAGUGCGACAUCACCCCGAAAAACCUGACUGCAAACAAGUUUUUGCAUGGCUGCUUUUCAUAACGGGGAUCUUUCUGCUUUGCGCGGGCCUUUAUCAAUCAGUUGUCAAUAUCGUGGACCCAGUGCCCGAAGCAACGAAGAUGAGACCAGUGACUAACAACACUACGGUGCAGCUCGGAGAAACCAUUAUGAAUGAGAUGUUAGCAAAUAUUUCGUAGGCCUUCCAUUUCUCAUGUAGCUUAGUUAAGAUUUAAUCUCAUUUGGUUGUAUUGUUUGUUUCUUAAUAAUUAGAGUGUUGUUUCAAGCAGAUAAACUAUAACAUUAUCAAGAUCACUCUGCAAGCAUUUAUUAACAAUGCCACCAAUUGGCCUUCAAUUUAAAACUGAGAGACUUCUGAAAUUAGUAAUUUUUGUUUCUAUUCAGGAAAUUUACCUUUUGCGAAAAGUUAAGGUCAAUUCAAAUCUUUCCAUUUAGUCACUAGCUUUUGUUAUAUGGAAAAGAACGCACCAUUUCAUAGCUAACAACUUGGCAUAAAUACAUUAAAAAACCCAGCUUUGAAGAGUUUUCAUUAGCACAAAACCCCACUUUCAUAGAUUCUUACAAUGAAAUAUCUGUAAGGGAAUUGGCAACAAUUAUCUUACUAAGUUUUACCAAAUUUCUGUUUUUAAAAAGCAUAAUGUUCACCAUAUCAUUCAAAGCUGAAUUUAGAAUAAAAUGCCUCACUUGUUACUUUCGUUUAUUGCAAAAAUAAGUCUUAUGAACUCCUUGUUUCAUAUUUGGUAAGCAUUCUUUCGUUCUAUUUUAUUCUUAGUUCUAUUCUAUUAUUAUUUGAAAUCAAAUUGUAAUUGGCUUUAAAAGAGUUAUUAUUUAGAAAUAAAAUAUGAAAAUUGUAAUUAAUUUCUUAGUUUUUAUUUAUGCGAUGUUUUGAAGUUUAAUAUUUUAAUUUAGAAAUAUUUCGUUUGUUUCUUGAAGUUUACAAACUAGAGUUCACAUAAGAUUUCGAUUUUUUGAGUUUUUUCUUUAAUGAUAUGCAAUGGAAUAUAUUAACAGUCCC